AUGAGUGAACAAGAUCCUGGCGACGCGAGUUUGGCUGGUGGAGCUAUUGGCUACGAUCUAAUAUCGGGUCAAGCUCUAGAAUCAAAAGCUUGGGGUAUAGAGGAGGAUCUCAAUGAUCAGCAAUUAAGGGCGGUACAGCUGCCGGUAGAUGCCAAUAUUCAAGUCAUUGCUGGUCCUGGCACUGGCAAAACAAAGACUCUUGUCAAUAGAUUGCUGUAUAUACUCACUGAAUAUAACGUGCCACCUGAGAAAGUUCUUGUUUUGACGUUUACUAAUAGAGCAAUUCACAUAUUUCGAGAAAGUCUGUUUAAACUGGCACCUGCAAUUGCGCCUCAGGUCGAGAUUCAUACAUUCCAUUCUUAUUGUCAAUCUUUAAUUAGUGACCAUUGGGAAGAGGUCGGGCUUCGUCCUGGAUGGACAGUAGCAGAUGAUAUGGACCAGGAGUAUAUUUUGACCGAAGUGAUUAAGGAGACUGUAGGAAGUCAUACUACAGCAAGGGAGUUCCGUGUGCUUUCCAACAAACUUCAUACUUAUAAAAGAAGUCUUCUCAAUAAAUCAGCAAAGCGUGAUUCAAAGUUGGAUGAGAUUUUGACGAAAUACGAGACACGAUUGGCUGGCUGUAAUAUGCUUGACUAUGACGGCAUUCUAAAACUAGGCUACCGCUUGGCUGAGAAAUAUUCCAAAGCUCCUGAAAGCGAUAAAAAUAAAUAUUUCUCGGCCCUGCUUAUUGAUGAAUUCCAGGAUGCGAACCUAUUUCAGUGGGAUUUAACUUGUUUAAUCGCGAAAGGAAGUGCUUCAAUAACUAUAGUCGGUGAUCCAGACCAGUCAAUAUUCAGUUUUCAGGGGGCUAGCUCGAAUCUGUUGGAUAUUAUGAAAAAACAGCUAUCCGAUGUACGAACAGUCGUUUUGACACAAAACUACCGUUCUAGUCAAGAAAUUGUUGAUGCUGCUUCGGCCAUGAUCCGUGAAGAUUCCCAUUUUCUUGGCGACGAGCAGAUGCCGGUCGGUCUGUUCACCGGUCCUAAACCAAUCUUCAAAAAGAGUCUCGACUCUACAAGCGAAACAGUAUGGGUAGCUAAUACAAUCCAUCAUUUGACUCAUAAAGAGAAUGUCGAACCUUCAUCUAUAGCAGUUCUUGUUCGAACAAACGGACGUAAGGACUCGGUGGCUGCUGGAUUACGGCAGAGAGGUAUCGAAGUAGCUAUCUACGGACCCUUAUCCUUACUAAAGUCGCCUUAUAUUCGACCACUAUACUCUUUUCUGAAGUUCAUCCAGAAUUUUGAGCAAGAUAUCCAGCUUCUGUAUAUGCUCCGAAAUCCGAACAAGAUCCUGAGUCCCAAGCAGAUAUCGGAAGCCCAAUCUUUCUCGAGGUCGAGGGGGUUGCCUCUAUGGGAAGCUUUACAGCAGAACCAACUGUGGCUAAGACAACCUACCACUCGUGUUAACAAAUCCAAAAAACCUCACGGACCCCCCGACCUUGAUCAGUUCAUAUCAGUAAUCAACAAAUCAGCAGAUAUCAUUCACUCUAACGUUCACGACUCUGAAUCGCUUGUCGAGGGCCUUCAACUCGUAUCCCAGUAUCUCAGCUGGCCCACUCGUUAUGGCGACAAAGCACAUGUCAAGCAGCAAGAGCUUUUCGACCUCAUCACCAGCAUAGCCCCACUGCUAAAAGACGAGUCUACAUCCCUCUCGUCCUCCCUUCUCGCACACACUCGUCUCCAGGACAUUGCAGCGAAACCCGGCGAGGUGGUAGUAUCGACGAUUCACAAUGCUAAAGGUAGGUUGCAACAUUGCCUCCGGCGGCUGGGGCUCCGCCCCAGACCCCGUGGCUCCUGCUUCGCAGGAGAGUGCUGGGAACGUCGACGCAACGACUCGAGCGCAGCGAGAGGAGCAGCGGGGUCUGGGGCAGAGCCCCAGCCGCCGGAGGCACCGUACCGGAUGUAA